AGUGUCCGGGCUCCGCGGCGGCCCGGGCGACGCCCCAGAGCGGAAGCGGGAAGUAGCGGCGCGGGGCUGCGGGGGUCGCGGGCAGCGCGCGGGCGUCCGCGAUGGCCAAGAACACGGUGUCGUCGGCGCGCUUCCGCAAGGUGGACGUGGAUGAGUACGACGAGAACAAGUUCGUGGACGAGGAGGAGGGCGGCGACGGGCAGGCGGGACCCGACGAGGGCGAGGUGGACUCGUGCCUGCGGCAAGGAAACAUGACCGCAGCCUUGCAGGCGGCUCUGAAGAACCCGCCCAUCAACGCCAAAAGCCAGGCAGCUAAGGACCGGGCGGGCAGCAUCGUCCUGAAGGUGCUGGUGUCCUUCAAAGCCACCGACAUCGAGAAGGCGGUGCAGUCGCUGGACAAGAGCGGCGUGGACCUGCUGAUGAAGUACAUCUACAAGGGCUUCGAGAGCCCGUCCGACAACAGCAGCGCCGUCCUGCUGCAGUGGCACGAGAAGGCGCUGGCCGCAGGGGGCGUGGGCUCCAUCGUGCGGGUCCUCACCGCCAGGAAAACGGUGUGAUCGCGCGCGCACCCCCACCCCCAUGCCACGCGGGCCCCGGAUGGCCGCGGGGGUCGGAGCCGCCGCUCCAGAAACCAGGACCACCGAACGCCACCGCCGCCCUGGGGAGCCGCUCUGCUCAGCUUUGCAAACUUCUCGCUUCCCUUAUCAUGUCUGUAAAGAAAAAAAAAAGCACAUAAUAAUCGAUUUUCCUUUGAUUGAAAAAAAAAAUUUUAUGGGGAUUCCCCGUCCCGCCCUGGAAGGAUACACCAGCAGGAAACGGGGGUCCCCACCUUCAGUGAUGUAUUCACUGCUCUUUUUAGGGUCACCACAUCCCUCCACUUUUCACGGGGGGUGUUUAAAACCCCGACGGGCUGGUUCUUUGGGAGGGGUCUGGCCUCGCGGGGCUGCGGGGGACGAGGGAUUUUGAACCGGGACCAAAGCGAUCAGGAUGCGAGGCCCGUUUGGGACCCCGUUUCUGGCCCAGAGAUGCUCUUGGUCCUAAGGACACAGGCUGGAAAAGAACCGCGGCCGUGGACCUGUGUGCUGGGCUUUGGGGCACCCAAGUGGCCGUGGCUUCCACGGGGCUCCAGGCCUGACCCCAUCCACACUGUCUAUACGACACUUUUGCCCGCCUGUCUUAGAACCUUCUUUGGGAAAUGGUUUCGAACCCAACUCACACUCGGGCCAGGCUCUCCAGGAAACGGUGUGAACGCCAUGGACAGACGCCCGGUCCAGGCCCUCGGCGUUCUACAGGGUAAAUUGUGAUCCCAACAUUUGGGUUCCGAUCCAAACGGACACGCAGUAUUUUUUUUUUAUACCAAAACCUGAAAUAUUGCAAAAAAUAAUAAUAAUAAUACUAAGUGUUUCUACUCUGUUGGACAAAUCACAUGGGUUCUUCAGAGAAAAAAAACAAAACGGUUGGUGCUUUUCCAAAAUCCCUGGCAAGGCACCCAAGACAUGCCAAGAAACGCACCAGGCCCCCCCCUCGGGGAACUCGUCCUGUGUUCAAACGCUACAGAUUCCUCGUUCCCCGACGUCUGUGGCAAGGGCCCCAGGCAGUCCAGUUCUUCCCACCGGUUUUGAUAAUAUAACGGCUUUUCUGUUUUGUACAAAUGAUGCAAAAAUAAAACAUCAGUGUUGAGUA